AUGGCCGACGGUCCUGAAAGUCCCGUACCGCAGCAACAAACUCCCGGAAGAUCGCCUUUCCAAAAUGGUGUUAGAACAUCAGGUCGCGCUUUCAAUUCGCCAAAUUGGCGCAUGAAGGGCGAGGAAAGCCCGAGCGCUCAGAGCUCUGGCUCGCCCGGGCCAAAGACAAAUACCUCGAGGCUCACAUCCAGCAGACCAAGCUCUCAGGUGCCUCAAGCUAUUUCUGAAGGCCGCCGUCUAUAUGUUGGCAACAUGCCGUACACGGCCAAGUCGGAGGAUGUGCAAGCAUUGUUCACCGCCGCAAACUUCCCAAUCGAGCGGAUCGAUAUCGCGAUAGACCCUUUCACCGGCCGCAAUCCCUCUUACUGUUUUGUCGAUUUGGAGACCAAGGAAUUGGCGGAUCAAGCAAUGACCGAAUUGGACGGCCGUGAUAUGCUUGGCCGGCCUGUCAAGAUCAAACCUGGAGUAGCCAAAACGGCAAGCGAGCGUUCGCAGCAGCAACAACAACAACAACAGCAACGAACUGAGAGCUCGCCUCGCAGCGACAAGGGCAGCCCGUUUGCUCUUGAUCGCUGGAGACGCAAUGACGCGCCCGCCUUCGCUAAGGUCAACAGCGACUCUAGCCGUCGCCUUUAUGUCGGCGGUCUUCCUAAGUUAACCGACCCUGAGGCUAUCACCACAAAUAUUACCAACUUCUUCAAGGGAUACAAGGUUGAAAAUGUCAGCAAACUGUUCACACCUCAUCCUGCGAAGCGAUUCGAGCCUGGUGACCACUACUACCUGUUCGUUGAAUUUAGCAGCACGGAAGAGGCUCAGAACGCCAUGGACACCCUGAACGGCCAGGAAGGUCCCUGGGGGGCGAAUCUUCGCGUGCAGAAAGCCCGUGGAGAGACUAGUAACUCUGACGAAAGGAGAAACAAGUGGUCAUCUGCACACGUUGAUUCGAAUGGUGCCUCGGCUACCAACGAUAUUACUGUCGGUGUAUAA